UAACUACACAAACAACACUUGCGAAUUUAUUUUUAAUUUAUGUGUUGCAUUUCGAAGAACUGUUGCGAAAUGAAAGUGCCCAAAAACGUAAAGUAAACUGUGAUAAGCUACGAAAGAAAUUAGUGACGAAAUGAUUGGUUUGAAUACCGUCCCAUUGAGUGCUCUCAGUGGUGAAUCUCGAAAUUUGCUAUCAGAGCGUUUGAAUCCGAGAAAAGUACUGCCUAUCCUCAACCCCGAUAACUUAACGAGACACAGAGAUUGGCGUGGUGUUGCAUCCCUUGUGGCUAUAUCAGCUGAAGCAGCAGCCAGCAUAAAUGAGGUUCCAGACAAAAUGGGGAAAGUCCUGGAGAUAUGGCUAAGCAAGAAUGACGGCACAGCAACAAUAAGUCGCCUGUUGGAAAUUCUGCAGGUAUUGGACCGAUAUGACGUGUGCGAGGAUCUUUUAGAAAUGGCCAGAGACAACCGACUUUUGAGACCAGAGAAUCAGAACAAUAACCAAGUGGUUCUAGCGAUAGAUGGGUCAGACGAGAACAUAAUAACAUAUGAUGACAAGUUGUUUGGCAUGCCACAGAGGUAUCACGCAUAUGUAUUAUAUGCUAAAGAGGAUAAGAACUUUGUGGAAGAGCUGCUGACACGGAUGAGGAGUGAAGGUUUCAAGCUUUGCACGGAAGAAGACUUGCUGCCAGGUCACGCGACGCAGUUCGAGCCCGUGUCUCGGCUCAUCGCGGAGCGCUGUCGGUACAUCGUGCUGGUUUACUCACCCGACUUCCUGAUGAGCCCCGCCAUAGUGUUCUAUAUGAACCUCGCGCAGGCUGAUUCGAUCAAUAAGAAGCAGAGCAAGAUAAUCCCUCUGAUGUACCGCGAGUGCGUGCUGCCGCGCCACCUCGCGUACUACCACAACCUGCGCUAUCCGCAACAGGAAAAUGGCAUCCGACCGCCUUACAACUUCUGGGAGCGCCUGUCCAACUCGCUGCGGAUCGUCGACAGGCCCCGAACCAAUAGCACAACAGAAACGACACAUUCGAAACUUAAAAUAGUAGAAGAAACAAAUACACAUCAAUUCACAAGUGAUUUCCAAUUGACAUUAUCGAACGGGUUCAAGGCCAACCAUUUAGCCCUCCCAGAGAUACCCAAGGAGUCAUCCUCGCUGAUAGACCUGCGUUCACAUACUAUAGAGUUGCCUUCCCUUCACUCCUUCGAGACCAAGUCGUUGAGCAGUACGAGUCAAACAAGCGAGGGCAAGAAGAAAAAGUAUGGUCCGUUUCGGAAAAUAAUCAAUACUUUCCGCGGGAAAAAGCACAAGAAGGCGAUCCCUGUCGAAAAUUAGUACCUGCGUUACAUUUUAAUGACGAGCGGAAGAAAAACUUGAGUUGGAAUAAAAUUGAAGUAAUAAGAGAAAACAGUGUAAUGAAGUGUGUUAGAUUUUUUCAAUUUGUGGACAUCAUAUGUGAAGAGAAUUCUAAAUUAAGCGACGUUAAGCUGUGAUAAUACAUCGUUUUAUGUCCCAUUACCGCGUAACUAACAUAAGAAUGCAUCUUCUCUAUCUAACUUUUUAGUUAAUUUUCCAAUAAGAUUUUUAUUAGAGAAUUAAAAUUAGGUUUUUUUAUCCUUAUUAUUAACUAAUCACAAUGUUUUAAGUAUGUACCCCUGGUAGUUUUUUCUUUUCAUGAAAUCACUUACGCGGUAUUGUUUCUGAAUGGCCGGGUGUGGUUGCUAGUUACGCGGCAUGGCGUUAUUGAAGACCAUAUGUACUUUUUUCACGAAUCUAACAAACUAUGCUCGAGGAAGUUAGGCUUUGCAGUUUGUACUGAGACAAGAACUGACAGACGAUGAGCAGCAUGAGAUUCAGCGAGUAAAUAAGACUUUUCGUUAGACCUUUCAGCAAAGCUAUGUUUUAUAAAUAAAGCGAUGCCUUUUUUUUGUCGAUAACUACGAGAUACAUCGCAAUACUGCGGGGAAUCCCCUAAGGCGGAAUAAGGACAAGUGCAAUUGACCGACCGAUAAGCAAUGCGGGACUUCCCCUCAAGAGACGUAACCAAUAGAAUUCGCCAGUUCAGUAUUGCACUCUUUUGUGUAUGUACUGUGUCAUAGUUUUUUCCUUACACCUCCCAGAGUGAACCUGUUUUUGAUGAGCUUAGCAAGAUCUUAGAGUUUACUUUGUACAUUUUUUGUCCCUUCGUGUAAAUGGCCAAGUGUGGUCUCUUAGAUUAUUUCAGUCCCUAUAACUUGUAGGUUAAGGGUAGUAUCAAGAAAACUGGAAAGCUGUACACGAAAUGUAUCCAUGUAAACAAUUCAUUAAAGUCGACAGCACCAGAAGCCAUCAAUUUGAAGCAGUCAUUUUUGUACAAGAUGUGAUAGAAAAACAUACGGCAGAUGUUAUUCCAAGGUUGAGGCGGAA